CACAGAUGGAUGUGCUCCUGCUUUUGCGGCCCCUCCACAUCAAAAAAGAGGAGGUGUGAGAGCCAGGAGAAAGACAAUCAGCCCUACAUCAAGAAGCCGUCCAAUGCCUUCAUGUUGUUCAGGAAGGAACAGCGAGCAAACGUUGUGGCCGAACUGAACAUCAGGGACAGUGCCACAGUAAACACUGUCCUUGGACAGAGGUGGAACUCUUUGUCGAAGGAGGAGCAGGCCAAAUAUUAUGUAGAGGCUGAAAAGGAGAGGAGGCUCCAUGCACAGCAAUUCCCUGAGUGGUCCUCCAGGGACAAUUAUGGCAGAAAGAGGAAGAGGCAGAGGAGCAGGGCACCAACCAGGGCUGAAGCUCCGACUGAGUUCGGAGAAGAAGCCAGAGACCUGCAGCUGCUCCCCAGCUCGGCCUCCACCGCCCAGCUGCCUCUCCACGGAUCUCAAAAUCCCCAAAGGAAGCUGAACUGGAUCUGGGUUUUCUGGCAUCCAUCCAUGCAGUCUGCCUUCUCCACAGAUGAAUGGCAGCAAAUAUUCUGCUCCAUACAUGAGGUCUUCAUUCUGUUGGCACAGGUUGUUCAGAUGUCUGUGCCCGGCCAGUUUACCCGGACUCGUUUGGCUGCCAGACCCCGCCUUUUGCAGAAGGAGUAA